GCGCGCAACAGAUGCGCACCGGGGAAUAAGCCGUUAAUACCCCGAAGACUCCCAGGAGAAACCCACCCUCACGCACCUCCUCAGUCCCACGGAUGUCACAGUUUCCCUAGGGAGAAAUACAAGAAGAAUCCUGCGCUUUAUACUUCUUGUGGAACCGUUUUUACGCGCGUCGCUGUUCAGCGUGGACAAGUCCCCCUCCCCGGUAUUGCAACAUGGUGACCCAUGUGUCAACCGACAAGCGCCGCAGGUGAACCCCAAACUCGGACACGCGUGGAAUGACAGCAGCGGUCAUCCAUAGGCAGCAUGCCGCCCAAGAAAAAGGGAGAGCGUCACGACUCAGAUGCUGUUGAGGAGAGAAACGCCCAGGUUCAGUUGGAGAAAGCGAAGUACCGGCCUGUGGCUUUUGCCGUACGCUGCAACUUCUCCUAUACACCAGCAGAUGAUGACAACGUGCCCGUGCCGGGUCAGGCCGUCACUUUUGAAGCGCGAGACUUCCUCCACGUCAAAGAGAAAUUCAACAACGAAUGGUGGAUCGGGCGGCCGGUGAAGGAGGACAGCGUGGUUGGCUUCAUCCCCAGUCCGGUCAAUCUGGAGACCAUCCUGAUUAGAAGAGAAGUUCAAGCCAGGAAGGCAGCUAAGGCCCUAGCCAACAAAGCGUCAUCACAAGCAGCUCAAGAUAUGAAUUCAAAGAAAUACACGCCUCCUUCGCAAGCCAAUCAGCAGGUGAAAAAGAAGCCGGGGGAGCAUGUGUCCAUGUACGAUGUAGUGCCGACCAUGCGUCCUGUUGUUUUAAUGGGACCAUCACUCAAAGGCUUAGAGGUGACAGACAUGAUGCAAAAAGCUCUUUUUGACUUUUUGAAACAUCGAUUCGAAGGCAGAAUCACAAUUACACGGGUGACAGCGGACAUCUCUUUGGCCAAGCGCUCCAUACUCAACAAUCCGGGGAAAAAAGCCUUAAUUGACCGCACCAACACCCGCUCCAAUUUAGCCCAGAUACAAGGGGAGGUGGAGCGCAUAUUUGAACUGGCCCGCAGCCUACAGUUGGUGGUGCUGGACGCGGACACCGUCAACCAUCCCUUACAAGUGUCGAAGACCUCCCUGGCCCCCAUUCUUGUCUACGUCAAGAUUUCCUCUCCUAAGGUGUUAACCAGGCUGAUCAAAACCAGGGGAAAGUCUCAAACUAAACAUCUAAACGUUCAGUUGGUGGCUGCAGACAAACUCGCACAGUGCCCGCCGGAAAUGUUCGACGUCAUAUUGGACGAGAACCAGCUGACAGACGCCUGCGAGCACAUUGCAGACUAUCUGGAGUCAUACUGGAGGGCCACGCAUCCUCCCGAGAUGGAACCCACAAACAAUCUGGUGGCUCGGCUGGCCGAGAACACGCUGCCCACCAGUCCCACCGCUAUACCGGAUGAGCAAAAAAACAAGAAGUCGGCCGCGCCCAAGAGGAAGGGUCCCCACGAGACCUCCUGCCAGGAAAUUCUCCCCUCGACCCAGCAGCAGCAGGAACCGGACGAGGGUCGACGAGAGGAUGACGAAGAGGAGCAUCUUCUGAGUCGCGAAACAAAGCGAGCCCAGCACUCUCGCCACCACCACCAUCAUCAUCAUCAUCACCACCACCACCACCGCAGAACAGAGGCCAGUCACACCCAGAGACUGGAAGAGGAGGAGGAGGGAGAAGAGGAGGAUAGACACUAUGACCACCAUAACCGCCACCAUCAUCAUCACCAUCAUCAUCACCGUGACGACGACUAUGACCAGCACAGGCCUCUCCAACAUUACAUGGCUGAUCACAAUUACCACCACGGCAGAGAGAAAGAGCGAGAGAGGCUCCAGGCCAGGGACCAAAGCAGGGACGUCAGGCUGAGCCACAGGGACUCGCAUUUACACUAGUUUCUGCUCUUCAUGCCAAAUUUGUGAAAAUAUGGCAAACAUUUGUCAUUGUAUAUCAUGAGCAUUUUUAAUUUGCUCUAGUUUUGAUGCAAAAAUAAAAGCAGUUAUAAAAUUAAAACAA